AUGCGUCCGUCUGAAGCCCCCGUCCGUCUGGACGUCCAUCUGAAGCCCCACGUCCGUCUGGACGUCCAUCUGAAGCCCCACAUCCGUCUGAAGCCCCGCGUCCUGGUCUGGGUGCAUGGUGAUGAGGUGGUGCAUAGUUACCACAAAGCAACAGACAAUCUGGAGGGGCAGAGUCCAGCGUACAAGGGGCGCAGUCAGCUGUCCCCAGACCAACUGGCUGUAGGCGAUGCCUCACUCAGGCUAACGGGGGUGCGAGCGAGCGACCACGGCAAGUACACGUACGAUGUGGCCAAUGAGCAGGGCCGGAGCGAGAAGCAGAUUUUUCGAACAGUAGCAGCUGCAUAUGAGGAACCUGAGCUUGCCAUCCAGACCACCUGCAACAGCGUCAUCCUCACCUUCCUCUCCACCCUGGGCUUCCCUCAGCCCACUGUGCUGUGGAGAACCAAGACAGGAAGUGACAUCACCAACCGGAGCAACACCACUAUGGUCCUGAAAGAAGGGGGAAAACAUUAUGAGGUGGUGAACGAGAUGGUGCUGAAGCAGAGUGACCCACACGAUUGGACUGUCACAUUUGAGAUGAGGCUGGAGCUCCUCAACCAGAGCUUCUCCCACUCUGUCAGCCUCCGCCCACUCCCACGUAGGGGGCAGAUACUGCACAUACUGAACAAAGGGUUACCCAAACAAGGCACAAUUUUGUGAACAACAACAAAAGCUUUAUAACGGCUAUUUUUGCAACAGGUCUGGACAAUAGCCUAUUUACAAAGCACGUGCUGACAUAAGACACUUUACCAUACGUUGUAAACCAUGCUCCUGUACAUACCAUGUUGUUCAUGCCCCCAAGAAGUUUAGACCUACCAGACUCGAUGUUUGAUUUGCAACUAUGGUAACAUAUAUUCACAUGAACAAUGGAAACAAGAAACAGUGGUCGACCUGUAGUGUGUCAUUCACAUGACCGUACAGACAGCCGGGAUGGGAGUAUAUCUGUAGAUUUCUGGUCAGGCCUGACCAAAAAUGCUUGGGAAGCAGUGAUAUAUGCUAUGGUUACUUGUAUGUGUGUCUCACUGACUUGCCUGCAUAUUCAAUAGCACAAUAUAUAUAAAUUAUGGGCCAAUACAAUACAUAUUACGAUAUUUGUCUGAUUGUAUUGGCCAAUACGCCCUAUGUUGGGGAUUUCCGUUCUUAUCCAAAUAGGACCAGUGUGGGUACAGGUGUUUGUUUUAAAUGGCACUAAAAUACCAGAUUCUACUUACUGAGAUGUUGAAAACUGAUUCGUUGAUUUGUUGUGUGAGGUGUCUUGGUGCUGGGCUAAAACAAAUACUUGCACCCACAUCAGCCCUUGCUGGAUAACAUUGUACACUCCUGCCCUGUAUGAUCAUACAUCCUUAUUAGUUUUCUCAUGGUCACCCCCACCCCUCCUUGUUGCUAUUUGUUGAAUAAACACCCUCAAGCAGCUGAUGAAGCACAUCCCACCCACUCAAUGUUGACCCAAGCAGGGAACGUGUGCCUCACGCAACUCUUUGUCUUCUUUGACAUUCAGAAUUUACUUUAGAUGGUUAUACCCAUCUCCAAAUACUGAGUAUGCUUUUUCAAAACUCUUAACACAGGUAGCACAACAGCAGUCUACAGUAUGUGGACUAAACUGUGGACCAUUUUUCAUUGUUUUCACACAAAAUGCAUUAAAUGAAAAUGUCUUUCAAAAUUCAAGAAUUCUUAUCUCACUCAAACACAACCACCAGCAAAACUCUGCUAUGUUAACGUACCGUUUUCAAAACUGUUAAACUUGAGUUCAAAACUUAACACAAUUGAGUUAGACAGCAAUUUGACUUGUUCACUAUAAUACCAUAUUGAAAGAUAUUGUCUAAAAGUAAAAUAUAUAUAUAUAUAUAUAUAUAUAUAUAUAUAUAUAUACAUAUAUAUAUACCACCACGGAGUAUUAGCAGAUAAUGUUACAUUUUCAAAUGUCCAAAAUAUAAGCUUGACAGCCAUUCCUGAGAAAACAUGUAGUCAUGAUGAAGAAGCUAUGUACCGUCCCCUUUGAGAGGAACUUUAGGAUUAUUUAGGAGUUUUAGGAGUUAUUUAGGAGUGUGUAAAGGAACUGUGGUACCAUUAUAUACAGGUAAUAUGUCUAUACAUCUUACCUUAUCAUUGGACAAAGAACAGCAGUGGAUGUUCCUGGCCAGGUGGGAGCUGACAUAACAAUAUCCUCCGAUUGCUGUUACACAUACCAGUGUUUGGCCCAUAUAAUACGGAGUGCCUCAUCUAAUUUCUCGGUGAACUGUAUAGAAGGUUUGUCCCAGGUGAAGAAGGGGGGCAGGCGAGGAAAUGUGUAAACAUUCAUAAUCAUGUGAAACAAUGUGGCAUUUCACCACGCCUGUGAGUGGUUUGAAGUCUGUCCAAGGAUGAUGUCACCACUUUUCCUCUCACCGCACACCAUUUUUUAACCCUAUAGAGAAAUAAUUUUUCUCAUGGAGGUGGAAGGUACAUAUAUGACCACUGUCCACAUGAUCAGAUGUCCCUCCUAUAGGCAAUGAAUGCUGCAUGCCAGGACUGUGUGGAAGAUUCCCUGGCAUGGAUCAGGCGUUCAAAGAGGUUUUUCCCUCAUGUGUAUGGCAAGAGAGAAUAUAAGGUGUAAUAUAGAUGAUAGUAUGUCUGUGUUUUUCCUCAUGUUUGGCGACAGUGUUACGGUAGAAUUAGUUGUGUUUUGGCAGUCUUGGUGAAUUUGGUACUGUUGUGCCCAGCUGCGUGCUGGUAAAGAGAACUGUGUUGAGAUUUUUGAGAAAGUGCACUCAGCAUUGAAACAUGGGUAAAACCAAUUGUAAAAAAACUGUAAGAUCACAAGUGAACUGGACCCAUGAUGAAGUAAUGAAGUAAUUGUAUCUCACCUUUUGUCGAGACCAGGCACAAAUGGACUCUUGUGCCUGUCUUAGUGGCAUUUGUGGCUUGCUUGGCUUACUUCGCCAUUAUGGUGUUUAGCAAAAAACUGAACACCACAAAAGUACUGAGAAAGCUGAUCGUCCUACAGAAACAUGACAGGACAAGAAAGCUUGUGAAGGAAAAACAAAUGAACAAACAAAUCAAUAACUGCUGGGAGAAUUUUACCCAAUAAAUAAAUGAUUUGUUUUACAAUAA